UGCUUUCUUCUGUAAAUCUUUCUGUUUUUGUAACUCAUAUCUUCAAUGAUACAUAUGGAAUCCGUUCAUGGUCUCAAACAGUCGAAUAAAAAUCAAGGAAUUCUUGUUUCACCUGGUUCUGAUUCAUCUUGGGAAGGUUACGACGAGGUUAGAUCCAAACAUCAUAACGAUCCAGCAGUGAUGGAUAAGCUACGUGAGAAAUUGAAGUCGAAAGCUCCAGUUAAACAUGCACCCAAAGAACUAGACAACAAGAUUGAAGGGGUUACAACACGCCCUAAUCUCCCAAAGGAAAUGAAAUACGUCAUCAAGAAGAUCUCGUCCCACCCAUUGAGAUUCGGCACGGCAUAUAGGGCUAAUUUUCUUGAUGAUUUUGAAUCAUCAAUAGGUGAAGAAGGUAUAAAGUUAUUUAGGAUGGAAUUUCUAUUCCAAAUAAUGGACUACAUGCCGAAUUCUUUCGUUCAAGAUAUGCCACACUAUUGUGGAAUUAUGGUUGUCGGAAGGCCAAGGAUGGUUAUGUUAGCGAUAACGAUGAUCCUAAAAAACCUAAGAGAGAUUUCAUAUCUCCUAGUCAAGGAGAACCGAUAG